AGCUAACCAAGAAAACAAGUCUAGUAGAACUGAUUCUCCUAUCCCACCCUUUGGAGAGAGUGAACAAACACCGAACAGUCUCUUCAUGGGGGUUUCUAAUUUGGAGAAUGCAAAACCAAAAAAGAGAAAGUUAUUCCGGAGAUUUAUGUCUGAAAAUAAAAUAUUUGAAGGAAAUACUGUGAAUGACAAAAUCUGGCAGGAACACAGCAAGCAUAAGAAUGAUUCCCACAUCAGAAGGCCCUGUCAGCUAAAAGAUUUAAAUGAAGAUGAUUUUCUAAGUAACAACAUACAUACUCAUCAAGGAAAAACUCUACAAGGAACUUCCUAUCAGGUGACCACUGAAUGCUGGAGUCCAUUUCAUUAUCAAAGACAAGCUGAACCUACUGUUGAUGAAAUGGCCAUAAAAUUGGGCGGUGACCCUGUGGAAUCAAUGGGGACAUUAAAGCGACUACAGAAACUGGUUUGGACUAAGAAAGCCAGAGUGCAGAGUCUGGAUGAGGUGAAACCGACAUUAAUAAACCUCCAAGAUGAAGAUGACACAUUGAUUUCUUGUUUGAAAUUAACCAAGUCCCAAGAAAAGAAAGUGAGUAGUGUUAGCACAAGGAGGAAGGAAGAAAUGGAGAUCAGAUUGGAUACUCUUUCUGCAUCACUGGGCAGAUCUAGCACUUUAAAUGACUGCAACUUGGAAGAUAAAUUAGCUUGGUAUGAAGGUGAAGCUUACAUGUGGCAUCAGUGGAAGCCUUUUCCUGAAAACCCUCUCUCAGAAUUCAAAAUGCUCAAGAGAAAGCCAUCCAAUGUUUCAGAGAAGGAGAAACAUCAAAAACCAAAGCGAAGCAGCAGUUUUGGGAAUUUCGAUCGUUUUCGGAAUCAUUCUUUAUCAAAACCAGAUGAUUCAACUGAGGUACAUGAAGGAGAUCCCACAAAUGAAGGUGGAGAACCAAGUAAAGCUUCAAAUAAUGGAGGAGGUUUGGGUAAAAAAAUGAGAGCUAUUUCAUGGACAAUGAAGAAAAAAGUUGGUAAAAAGUACAUCAAAGCCCUUUCUGAGGAAAAGGAUGAGGAAGACGGAGAGAACGCCCACCCAUAUAGAAACAGUGACCCUGUGAUUGGGACCCACACAGAGAAGGUGUCCCUCAAAGCCAGUGACUCCAUGGAUAGUCUCUACAGUGGACAGAGCUCAUCAAGUGGCGUAACAAGCUGUUCAGAUGGUACGAGUAACCGGGACAGCUUUCGACUGGAUGACGAUGGCCCCUAUUCAGGACCAUUCUGCGGUCGCGCCAGAGUGCAUACGGAUUUCACGCCAAGUCCCUAUGACACUGACUCCCUCAAAAUCAAGAAAGGAGACAUCAUAGACAUUAUCUGCAAAACACCAAUGGGGAUGUGGACGGGAAUGUUGAACAAUAAAGUGGGAAACUUCAAAUUCAUUUAUGUGGAUGUCAUCUCAGAAGAAGAAGCAGCCCCCAAGAAAAUAAAGGCAAACCGAAGGAGUAGCAGUGAAAAAUCCAAGACUCUGCAGGAGUUCCUAGAGAGGAUUCAUCUUCAGGAAUAUACCUCAACACUUUUGCUCAAUGGUUAUGAGACUCUAGAAGAUUUAAAGGAUAUAAAAGAGAGUCACCUCAUUGAAUUAAAUAUUGAAAACCCAGACGACAGAAGAAGGUUACUAUCAGCCGCUGAAAACUUCCUCGAAGAAGAAAUUAUUCAAGAGCAAGAAAAUGAACCUGUGCCCCUAUCCUUGAGCUCAGACAUCUCCUUAAAUAAGUCACAGUUAGAUGACUGCCCAAGGGACUCUGGUUGUUAUAUCUCAUCAGGAAAUUCAGAUAAUGGCAAAGAGGAUCUGGAGUCUGAAAAUUUGUCUGACAUGGUACGUAAGAUUACUCUCACAGAGCCAAGUGACUGAACACACACUCUCAACUAUAUAUCUACAGAUGCAUUCCGUUUUAACUCUUCUUGAGCUAAAACAUCAAAUAGGAGAGGAAGAUAAAUAUUUGUAAAUAAAACCUAGGAUUUAAAUGUUUUAAUCUGAGUAAUUGUACAUAAAAUUUUGUAUCACUAACAUUCCAAAUUAUUGUCAAUAAAAUACAUAUUUAUUAUUUUAAAUGCUAUGUGUUAAUAUUUCACUUGCCUGUAUUAGAAAGGCAUAAUGUAAGACUUUGGUACGUGUGACAUAUGCUUCAUUUGACUUUCUUUUACAAGUACAAUAUCUGCAAAAAACAAAGUAACCUUUUUUCCUACCUGCCAGUUUUGAAUUUGUAUAUGUUAUUGAACAAAUAGUAAUAGAGGAUUCACUGUUGAAACAAGUUGUCCAAGCAAUGCCAUAUUCAUUUUUACACUUAUUGGGAAAGUGUGAGUUAAUAUCAGACACAUUUUAUCCUGAUCCACAGUGGAGUUUCAGUAAUUAUAUUUUGUUGACUUCAUUUUGUUUUCUAGUAUAAAAGUAUAGAUAAUGUGUUGUCACUUCUGAUCUAGUGAAACCAAUUGUAAUAAUUGUACAGAUGUUUUGUCUUUAAGUGUAAAUAUUUUAAAAUUUGACAUAACCUAAUGUUAAUAAUAAAAAGAACUAUUUGCAUAUUGCA